AUGGCACCCAGCAGCAAUACGAAGUCUCCGACAAAAGGUUCGGGCUCGAAAAAGGUUGCAAAGCCGGCUCCUGGUUCUAAGAAGCAAUCAAAAGGGCCUGGUAAUAGCGGCGCAAAAAAGCUCCAUGGCGUUAAGGGAGGUAAAGUUGCGAAGACGGUGUCGAAGAAGGCGGUUGUUAAAAAGGCUUUGAGGGCCCAGAAGGCUCUCACCCUUGGGUCUCAUACGAAGGGGAAAAAAAAGGUCAUGAAGAACAUAAGAUUUCGACGUCCAAGGACGUAUAAACCUCCUCGUUGUCCCAAGGACCGUCGUUUUGAGAUCCCUAAGAGAAACAAGUUGGACGCUUUUCGCAUUAUCCGUCAUCCGGUCACGACCGAGGCCGCGAUGAAGAAGAUCGAGGAUAAUGAUACCUUGGUCUUCGUUGUAGACCGAAGAGCAAACAAGCCGGCCAUCAAGGCCGCCGUACAAGAAAUGUAUAAGAUAAAAGUUGCAAAAGUGAACACUUUAAACUGUCCAAAGAAUAUCAAGAAAGCCUACGUAAAACUGCCACCCGAUUUCGACGCUUUGGAUGUGGCUAACAAAAUUGGCAUUAUAUAA